AUGGUGCUUGCUAUGCUUCAACUGAUUUUGGCACAAGCACAAGCCGAUGAUAUUCAGAAAGGCCAGCGCAAUCUUUUAGACACAAUGAAUAUCAUAUUUGGGAAGUUCAUGAUUCGUCUUGGAGAUAUCUUCACCUCUGUUGAGACCUGUACUGCUCAAGGGGUAACUCUAAUACGAUCAUCCGCGACAAUCAUACACAUAGCCCUUCAGGUUUAUCAGAGGGUCCUAGAUAUUCACAAAUUUGUUACUUUAUUACCUCCUCAAGUUCGGCAGGAUCAACCAGUCUACUUCGUUGAUGCAUACGGUAAAGAGACAGCAUUCUAUCUGGACUUUGUAUUCUCAUCAAAAGUCUUCAUAGACUGGCUCAUGAGAAGAUUUGAAACCAUAGGCCAAGGCAAAAUUGCCCGGGGCGAAUUUGCUCUGUCGGAUUCGAGAACACGCCGAGAGCUUGAUUUGUGUGAACCAUGGGAUGUUUUGUUUCAUCCGGGAAUGCAUGUGGAUAUGGAUAUGAUCUUUCAGGAGUUCUGUGCACCGACUGAAGUCAACUCCUGCCCAGCCUGUCACAGUGUCAAUGAUGACAAAAAUGGAGGUCGAAUCACAUGUUUCAAAUGUAACCUGCAAUUCCAUCGCACUUCCUCGGGAUCACUCAGUCAGUCGUAUGUAUAUCAGGAUUGGCUAUUCGCAAACAAAACCCCUUUCGUCGACGGACCAGGUUCGAUACAAGAUAACCACGAGCAUUGUAGAAUUCACCACUUCCGACGCUUAAAACUGAUCCUCGCUUCCGACCUCCCUAAAAAAGGCUCAUCCGGUGCCAAGUUUAUUAAUGCUGCUACACCUGCCCCAUCAAAGCCAAGACAGAAACAACCACUCUUCCCAGCAGAGAGCAUAGGUCAAGUAGCAGCCUUAGGAUUGACGCGUGUAGAAGCCACUCGGUACCUGGCCACUCUUGGCAAUCGAAGAGACUGGUGUGAUAAGUCACCCCAAAUCUAUCUUUUCCAUUAUAUCAUUGGUGCUUCGAAUAUUUGGACCGAUUUUCAAGCUACGCUUGGAAGAUAUGAUUUCAGAGAUCCGAGGUUUGAUUUUCAUUGCGAUUAA